AUGUUGGCAGCAAACGUGACUAGAACUGAAAAAUUAAAGCCAAUAGUUAUUGGAUCAUCUAUCGAACCUCAUGCUUUAGCACAUUUAAACUAUGAUACCUUACCUCUUACAGAACUUGAUAGGAAGUUUUGUUUAGAAAAUUGGCAUAUUGUGUUGUUAGUUGAUGGUGCAACAAGUCAUUAUAAUCCUAAUGACGAUAAUGAUUCUAAUGAAAAUAAUGUUCUUAAUGAAGAUAAUGAUUCUAAUGAAAAUAGUGAAGAAGAUAUGUUAGAAUCUGAUAAAGAAUUAAACAGUGAAGAGGAAUCAGAAAGUGAAAGUUUGAAUAAUAAAGAAAGUUAUGCAAGCUCAUCUAGAAAUCCUAUUUGA